UCAUCUCUUCUUCUUCCUCUUCUUCCUCUUCUUCUUCUUCCUCCAGCUACAACGCCACCGCAAUCAGCAACGAUCCAAGCUCUGUUCUACUGAACGAUGCAGACUCUGUCCGCCCAAUCCCCUUCCUCUUCUUCUAUACACAGCCAUGGCCGACAGCCAUGGACGACCACGACGAGGCGGAGCAAUUCCGUCCGCUUCUCGCCCCGAGCGGCGGCGGCGGCGAACUCCGUGCUCAGCGCUCCUCCGCCCGCCGCCUACAUCCCUUCUCCGGCGCCGGCAGUCAGGAAGAUAAUCCCGGGCUACGAGUCAUCCCCAGCCCCCUCCGUGGCGGCGCCCAUUGCCCCGCCGGAGACGAAGAAGAACGACAACCCCUCCACCCUUCCCCGCCGCGAGCUCAACAUCUUCCAGCGGGCGGCGGCCAUGGCGCUCGACGCCUUCGAGGCCGGCUUCAUCGCCAACGUCCUCGAACGCCCCCACCCGCUCCCGCGCACCGCCGACCCGGCCGUCCAGAUCGCCGGCAACUUCGCGCCGGUGGCCGAGCAGCCGCCGCUCACCGCCGCGUCCCUCCCAGUCACCGGCCGCAUCCCGCCCUUCAUCUCGGGCGUCUACGCCCGCAACGGCGCCAACCCCUGCUUCUCCCCGACCUCCGGCCACCACCUCUUCGACGGCGACGGCAUGGUCCACGCCGUCGCCAUCCGGUCCGGCGCCGCCGUCUCCUACUCCUGCCGCUCCACCGCCACCGCGCGCCUCUCCCAGGAGCGCGCCGCCGGGAAGCCCCUGUUCCCGAAAACCAUCGGCGAGCUCCACGGCCACUCCGGCAUCGCCCGGCUGGCGCUCUUCUACGCGCGCUCCCUCUGCGGCCUCCUCGACGCCUCCCAUGGCGCCGGGGUGGCCAACGCGGGGCUCGUGUAUUUCAACGGGCGGCUGCUCGCCAUGUCCGAGGACGACCUCCCUUACCACGUCCGCCUCACCGCCGCCGGCGACCUCGAGACCGUCGGCCGGUACGAUUUCGACGGCCAGCUCUCCUCCGCCAUGAUCGCGCACCCGAAACUCGACCCUGCCUCCGGCGAGCUCUUCGCCCUCAGCUACGACGUCAUUAAGAAGCCCUACCUCAAGUACUUCUUCUUCGACUCCGGCGGGAAGAAAUCGAACGACGUGGAAAUCGAGCUCGAGCAGCCGACAAUGAUCCACGACUUCGCCAUUACCGAGAACUUCGUCGUGAUCCCCGACCACCAGGUCGUCUUCAAGCUCGGCGAGAUGUUCCGCGGCGGGUCCCCCGUCGUGCUCGACGAGGAGAAGACCUCGAGAUUCGGGAUCCUCCCCAAGUACGCCGAGAGCUCCGACGAGAUGAUCUGGAUCGACGUCCCGGAUUGCUUCUGCUUCCACCUCUGGAACUCCUGGGAAGAAGACGACGAGGUCGUCAUCAUCGGGUCAUGCAUGACGCCAGCAGACUCCAUCUUCAACGACUCCGGCGCCGACGACCUCUCGAGCGUCCUCACCGAGAUACGCCUGAACCUCCGCACCGGCGAAUCGCGCCGCCGCGCGAUCCUGCCGGAGACGGAGCAGGUGAACCUCGAGGUGGGGAUGGUGAACCGGAACUUCCUCGGCCGGAAGACCAAGUACGCGUACCUCGCGGUGGCGGAGCCAUGGCCGAAGGUGUCCGGGUUCGCGAAGGUGGAUUUGGCGACGGGGGAGAUGACGAGGUUCGACUACGGCGAAGGGCGGUUCGGCGGCGAGCCCUGCUUCGUGCCCGUCGACGGCGCGCACGCCCGCGCCGGAGCCGAGGACGACGGCUACGUGCUCACCUUCGUCCGGGAUGAGGUCGCCGGGACCUCCGAGCUGCUCGUCGUCAACGCCGCCGACAUGCGGCUCGAGGCCACCGUGGCGCUGCCGUCGCGGGUCCCCUACGGCUUCCACGGCACCUUCAUCCCCGACGCCGACCUCCAAGCCCAGCAAUAGAUCACGAUUCCUUGGUUCUUUGAUUAAGAUUCCGCCAUUGGAGGAGUCCUCGAGCUCGCUCUGAUCGCGUGUUCUCCGAGCUUCGAGGAAGCAGAGCAGAACAGAGGAGAAGCAGAGGAGGAAGAAGAGAUGGACAGAAAAAAAAAUUGGGAGGGAAAAGGUUUACCAGAGGGAGCGACUGACAGGUGGUCCCCGGAGGCUGUUUUCCCGGCCCCACGCAGAUAUCCAGUUAGCGGCGGUUACUCGGAUCACUCACUUCUCCUCUUUCGUCAGAUCAUCUCUUGGUUGAUUUUUUGGUUACUUUUUUUUUUACUUUUUACCUUUUUACUACUAGUACUCCAGAUGGUAAAUUACAGUAGGCUUAACAAGGGAGAGGGGAGCUAGAGAGGAAGAGCUUGAAGCUUUGGCACUGUUGUGUGUACUGUACAGAGUGCUGGGAGCUCAGCUGGUUUCUGUUUUAUUUUCUUCUUCUUUUUUCUAAGGAGAGAGGAAUGAAACCACCACCCAGUUGCUUGAGCUUGGAGCUUGGGCAUGAGUGACUGAGGUGUUGCUGGGGGCUCAACUCAAUUCCAUUUCUCCAGUGUACAUGUAUAAAGUGUAAACACUCCCUGAUGAUGAUCAUGUCAUGUGCAUUAGUACUAGCUAGCAGCAAUAAAUUAAAGCUUGAUGCUUCUGCCAUUUUA